AAAGUACAAAGCAAAAAAAAUGCCGUUGUUAACUUUAUCUUAAGAGUUUUUAAUGUGUUUAAAUUGUUGAUGGACUAGAUAUGUGUAUAAAUAAUAUAUCCGUGCAACAAAAAGUAUGUCCUGGGUUGUAAAAAUGUUAUUAUAAUCAAUGUGAAGAACCAGUUGAUAAAUGGAUUUUACAACGUCAUAAAACAUGAGAAAAUUAUGUGUAUUUGGUGCUUUAAACAGUUUAAAAAUGUCGAGACAAAAGCCCCGACGGCCACUAACAUGACUGGACCAAGUGUUAACCACACCAGGGUUUGACGUGUAACAUGAAAAUAGUGAAAUUUACACGAAUGUUUCUAUUGGAUUAAGUGACAGCUUUGCAAUUAAAAGGAUUGCCAACAUCAGAACAGAGGACCUAUUGGGUCUUAUCUAAAAAAUGAAUGACAAUUACGAAAAAAUCUCACCUAGGGGAAGUCAAAGUGUCCUUGGCUUAGAUUUCGGCAAAUAUUUGAUAAGCAGUGAGCGACGUCGCGCCAAAAUGGAGAGUGACAAUACAACGGGUACCGAGUCCGAUACUUCAGACUGGGAUCUCGGUAACGCUGCAUUAACGUCAGAAUAUAGUGAAGAUUCUGACGAGUAUGGAAUUUAUUAUGGCGAGGAACUUAUGUAUGAUACACAAAUCGGGGGGAAUCAGGAUUCAGGAAGAAGAUUACCUGGGAACCAGACAACCGAUCGUCAAACAAAUCUUCAGAUGCGUAAAAUUUUAAACCAGAUGAAUUCUUCCAAUGCGGACAGUGGUUAUAGUGGGUCAUCGUCACUUUAUCCUAUACAUGAAACUGGUUUAACAACAACUGAUAGCUCUGGGGAGGAUGAUAAUUCUGAAGGUACAAUAUCUGAUUCUGGUUCCCCGGUUCAUACUGGGUAUCCCGUUUAUGGGAGAUACCAGAAACUGCCGAGUCAUGGCAGCUUUAAAAGUGACAAUGUUUCGGACUCCGAGGAUGGACUUGAUAACUUAAUGCUUCAUAGACUGCCAGGAGAGAACCUGGGUAUGAUCCUUGGAAUAGAGGGCGGGAAAGAUGGAGUCGGAACUGUUACAUCUGUUGCUGUGAAAAGUGUCACACUAGGUGGCGCUGCUUACAGGGCAACAGGGAGUAGUAAGGGCAUUUGUGUUGGGGAUGAUAUUGUGAUGGUAAAUGGAAACGAUUUACGAACUCUUUCACAUGAUGAAUGUAUUCAAGUGUUCAAAGAUAUGCCACUUCGCGUUAUGCUGAGUGUCAAACGCGGACAAAAAGAUCUACCUCCAUUUUCAGUUUCCCCACUUCCUCUUGAGAACAAAAAUGAAUCCAUUCAGAAAUCAGGUAAAAGGUCACCUAAAACUGAUGUUCCAGUUCAAAUAAAGAGACGGCGAGAUGGUUCGGACAGUGAAGAUGAAGGUUUCGGAGGUUUCGCAACAUAUAAUGUGAGGAUAGAUAAAGAUCCGGAUGAAAACCUGGGUAUCAGUAUUGUACCUAGCUAUGGAUCAACACGAGAAUAUUAUCAGAUCAAAAGAAUUCUUCCAAGUGGUUCAGCUGCUCAUUCGGAUGAACUUCAGGUCGGUGACCGACUGAUAAAGUGUAAUGGAACCAGCUUGCGGGCUUUAAAACAGAGUCAAUGUUUGGAUAUCAUUAAAUCGGCAAGCAGUAGUGGAACUCUAGACUUUGAAGUAGUUCGACCAGUGUAUAAUGGAUCGUCUAUGGAAAUAUCUGUAACGGUGAAUAACGGAACUAAUAGUUAUUCAAAAUUACCAUCAUUUGAUCCUUCGCAGUAUAGUUUAAAGUCACAAAGUUACGAUCGUAACGUAGAUGUUGUUGUAACAAGUGAAAGCGAAGAUUAUUUAACUGUUAGUGAGGACGAAUAUUCUAGAAGUGGUCGGUUAGCGGAUAUUCCGGAAGUUGAAGCAAAUGAAGUGUUUGUGAGUAAUAGUGUUAGAUUAGCAUAUCAAGCACCGUUAAAUACUUUAGAAGAGGAAACGACAGGACCUGAAAGUGACCUUUCUCCUAGAAAUGUGGAUAUUGUUGAGACUGAAAAUAUUAAAAUAGUUGAUCUAAAUAAAAUAGAUACAUCCCCAUAUCAUAUUCCAAACAAACAAGACAGUAAGAAGAAAACUGACCUAAAGCAAUACAAAAUAGUGCCAAAAUUUGAAAAGGACCUGAAAGCUUCAGAAUUAGGGCAGAAUAUUUUAAAAAGUGAUAUUGAUGCUAUUAGUGUAACAAGUGUAAGUUCGCAAAACUCGGUGCCUGUGAGUGACCGUGAGAAGAAAAGUCCAAGAUCACCAGUUCCAAGAUCUGACCUUGAUCAAAUUAGUCCAAGGUCACCAAUACCAAGGUCUGACCUCGAUCAAAUUAGUCCAAGGUCACCAGUACCAAAGACAGAUAUUGAUACCGUUUCUUUGAGUUCAUCAUUUUAUUCAAGACAGUCUCAAAGUCCAAGGUUUGACUCUGGGCAUAUUAGUCCAAGGUCACCAAUUCCAAACACUGAAAUUGAUAAAUUAAGUGUAGCAUCUUAUACAAAACGACAGCAAGUUCCUAGUGAAAGUGACUCAUCACAUUUAAAUUUGCCAUAUAACUAUCCAUCAGAAAGUGUUGGUCAAAAUAUUUUGGUCAGUGAUACUGAAGAGACUAGGUACAACCCACUUUAUGAAGAUAGCAAUAUAAGUGAAUACUCUGAUUCAGAAACCCAGGAAGUGUUCCAAAAUAAAUCUGAUCGAGAAGAAAAUAGGGUCAACCCUCCAUCAGAUAUAGAUAAGUUGAGUGUAGGGUCAAAUAGAACUCUUACGCAAUCUGAAAUAGACCAAGUGAGUGAAAAUUCAGAUAACGAAGGUAUCGCAGUGCCGCCUCCUGCAGAAUUUUCCGACAGCCAUUAUAUUGACAGUGAAGAAAAUCCUGUAACAUAUAUUGAUGAUUUCAUAAACGAAAGUAAUUCAUCAGUAGAAAUCCAACCUGUUCAUGACCAAAGAAUUUUUUCACGUAAGGCCAAGUCAAAUUUAGAUAGUCUUAAAAACCUUUCAUCUGAUGUGGAGCAUUUUGAAAAUGAUCAUGAUGCACAUCUAGCCUUUAAUUCAGAAUUGACUGCACCAUUUGAUAUUGUUUUGCAAGAACAAGGAAUUUGUGUUCAUUCUGGUGAUGAAAGUAUUGAUGAGUUUGAAGAUAUUCAAAAUAACCAGAUUUUACAAGUUGUAACUAGCUAUGACAAUGGCACAGUGUUGAUAUCACAGUUUGAGCCUGAUCAUUCAAGAGAAAAAACUGACUCUCCAGCUUAUUGCAUAACAAGUUUUGAACAUUCUGAUAACACAAUGGAUCAUAAUAGUGAAGCUAUGCUUAAAGAUGCUCUAGAUAUGGAGUAUGAAAAUCUUCCUGAGUCGGCUAAAUUUGAGGCAAGAUUGAAAUUAGGGGAUAAUGUUCCAAAUGGAGAUGGUGAACUUGAUAAUCCUGAAUAUGUAAAUGAAAAUGCUGUGGCUGAAAAUAUUGCUAAAGAGAUUGCAAAGAAUGAGCAAGGAAAUUAUGGAUAUUAUAUGGAGUCGGACGAUGAACCGGACAGUUUUCCUGAACAAGAUGCACCAGAAGAUGCUCCAGAUUUACCUGAUAUGCCUCCCCCACCUAUGAUGAAUAAUACCGACAAAUAUUUGGAAAAUGAUGUAACUGUUAGUAUUGAAGGAAAUAGAAAUGAAAAUAGUUCUGGUUCUGACAGUAAUUGGACAUUUAAAACUAAGCUAUCAGAAAAUGAAAGAAUAAAUAAAAUUUUAAAUAGGAUUAAUGGAGAAACUCAAGUAAUAAAACCAGUUAAAAUUGAUAGAAAAGUUGUGAUUCCUAUUUCACAUGGACGUAAUGAAGAACAAAACGAAGAUGAUGUUAUUGUGCCAGUAAGAGUGAAAAGAAAAGUUAGACUACAAAUUCCUAGUGAUAGUGAUGAAAAAGAGGAUGAUGAUGUCAUUGUACCGGUGAGUGCUAAACGAAACUUUAAGCUUCCAGAAACCUUCGUGGACAGAGCCCCUUCACCGAGAAAUGAUAUUGAAAAUAUAGAAAUAAAAAUCGAGAAAAAAGUACCUCCGCCAACUCUCCCAAAACCAAAGAGGAAUAUUAUACGUGUCAAUGCAGGUGAUAGUGAACAUGUUGGAGUUAAGGAAGAAAUAAUUACACCUAAAGAGGUGAAGAAAGAUAACACAAAACAAUUAGCAAAUGUGAUAAAUGUUAUCAAUGCAUUAAAAGCUGGUGCUAAAAAUAAAGACCCAGAUGUUAUAGAUAAAAUAGAAAAAUCAGAAGCUAAAGAUAGAGCCAAGUCUGUGUUCAGUUCUGUGAUAAAGGUUGCUGGAAAGGACGUUGCACCAGUUGAAAUGUCUCCUCCAAAGCAGGAGCAGAUCUCUACAUCCCGUGAUGAAAUAUCAUUUUCUAAACAGCCUCGUAUAGAGGCUUCACCACCAAAACAAGAUACCAUUGAAGAAAUAAAAGAUGUAAUUACAAAACCAACACCAAAAAAACGAAUGAAAGUAGAUGCAGUCCCUGCAGAAAUACCAGAAAAACCUCCAACAUUGCCUGAAACAGAAGUUCCUGUGCAAAAAACAAGUAUAACUGUUGAAAAACAAAAAGACUCAAAUGAUCAAAAUGCUGAGACCACAUAUGAUAUUGUCAAUAAGUCACCGAUUUCAGUUCCUCCAUUAAAUUUGGAGUUUACAUCAAGUGCUAAUAUUGAUUCUGUAUCACCAAAAAGUAAUAAAUCAGGGGGUAAUUCUCCAACAUACAAAACAACCAUUGGAGUACCUAAACCGGAGUCUACUGUUAACAAACCAUCAGAACCUGCUCACCAGACUUCAAUUGAUGUUAAAUCUAAUACAUCAGAAAUCAAAAAUACUUCACAACCUAAGGAUUUAGUAAAACUGGCACCAACACCACAGAUCAAACCACUGUCUCAAAUUAAACCAUUAAGCUUCAAUCCGAAAUCUUUGUCUCAGACAAGUGUAAAAAGACCUGUGCAAUAUAAAACUUCUAUAGGGGUAAAACCAGGACUUUCGUCUCUAAGCAAACCAGGUUCGCAGAAAGCUGACCAUCCAAUCAAACGCAUGGAAUCAUUACCAUUUGAAGUUUCCAUCUUGAAAGGAAUUCUUGGAAUUGGAAUUAAGACAGUAAUGACUCCUGAAGGUCAUGUCAAGGUCACAGAAAUUCUACCCAAUGGACCAGUUGGAAGGGAAGGAAAUAUCAAAGUAGGAGAUUACAUUCUGUCAAUCAAUGGUACCCAGCUCACUGGAUUAACUAACGGCAAAGUUCAGCAGAUAUUAAGGCUGUUACCACGGGGACUGUCCAAGAUUGUUGCAUCUGCCGUCAUCCCUGACCAAAAUGCUGAAAGUUCUGGAGAUGCACAAGUGGAGAGGCCAGUGCUUGCAGCUCGCCAGUCACUUCCACCUUCAAACACAGAAAGAUCCAAGUUAUCACCUCGCCAAUCAUCUCCCUUGUCAACACCAAGGCAAUCAACAAUUACAACCAAUCCAAAUGCUUCAACAUUGUUGUCAAGUCAACCAGUUCCUGCUCCAAGAGUUAUACCAAGUCAACAAAGACAGGUAAAGUCACCACCCCCUGUAGCUCCAAAACCAGUUAGACGUCCUACAGUAUUGGUGUCACCAGUUGUAGAGCCAAGGUCACCAGUUGUAGAGUCAAGGUCGCCAGUUGUAGAGCCAAGGUCACCAGUUGUAGAGCCAAGGUCACCAGUUGUAGAGUCAAGGUCACCAGUUGUAGAGUCAAUGUCGCCAGUUGUAGAGCCAAGGUCACCAGUUGUAGAGUCAAGGUCACCAGUUGUAGAGCCAAGGUCACCAGUUGUAGAGCCAAGGUCACCAGUUGUAGAGUCAAGGUCGCCAGUUGUAGAGUCAAGGUCACCAGUUGUAGAGCCAAGGUCACCAGUUGUAGAGUCAAGGUCACCAGUUGUAGAGUCAAGGUCGCCAGUUGUAGAGUCAAGGUCACCAGUUGUAGAGUCAAGGUCACCAGUUGUAGAGUCAAGGUCACCAAGUGCAUCACCAAGGCUAGAUAAAGGUCAGACUACAAUAUUCCAGCACCAGAGACCAUCCUCAACAUCAUCAUCUACAGAAUCUCCUGUUGUGUCACCAAGGCAACAAGAAGUUGUGUCACCACCUUCUGUGGCACCAAAACCACAAACAAAUCAAAGCAAGCAAAUUGAUAGCCCAGUCAAUGAUCUCUCCAAACCAAUUGAAGCUGAAUUGUUUGUAUCCAUCAAUGCAACAAAUGAGAAUUCACCUAAACCUGGUAGUAACAAUAUUUUACCAGGGUCAGUGAAUUACGAUGUCGUAGAAGGUGGUAAUAAAACUAAAUGGACAGCCGGGAUGGUUUCCUCAGCAGAUUUAAAUGUUCCAGCUAAACAAAGUGAGAUAAAAGGUAAUUUAAAUGUUGUAAGUGACACUGAAUCACAAGAACCUGAUGUUGUAAAUGGCACAAACUCACCUACUCAAAGUGACAAUAUAGAUAACUUAAAAUCCCAAGUUCUUGACACAAAUUGCAUGAAUGAACAUUCACUAUCAAAAACAAAUGAAACUGAUGAUAAUGUUAUUAGUGAAGCUGUAGAAAAACUAAACGAUUUAGGAAAAGACUUAGAAAGUUCACAAGUAGAUGUUUCACUUCUAAGCAACAGGUCACGCACAUUUAGUUCCAGCAGUAAUGCCUCAUCAUACAACGAUUUCAAUGAAUGUGAUGUAGAUGGUGAAAAUAUCCCUGAACAGAUUGUGGAAGAAGAAGAAACUGACUUUACUGCCAAGCCAAGUUUACAUGAGCAAAUUAAAGCUGCGGAAUAUGAGUCAGACUUUGAAGAAGAAGAAGACAAUGAGGAAAAUACUAAAAAUGAAACGGGUGAUGGUGGUCUUGAUAUGGAUCAUUUGAAAACAUUAGCUGCAAACAUUGUGACUGGUGUCAUUUCUUCAAUAAAACCAUCAGAUUUUGAAAAGGUAACAACCAAAGAUGAAGAAGCUGAAGAGGAUUCAGAUGAUGCUCCUGAACUUCCAAGUGAAGCACCUCCAAUGCCAACAUCUCCUCCUCCCUCAUUUGAUGAUAUUCAAGUCCUGGAGACACAGGCUCCAACUCUACCUGAAGGUCCGCCUCCAAUACCAGAUACAGAAAUCCCUGUUGUAGACACAGCCCAGACUACAGUUGUAGAUCUAGCUCUUUAUCCAGAUUCGGAUCACAGCAGUGAAGGUACCUUAGAAAACAAACCAGUAGAAGGAGAAAAGGAAGUGGGUGAAUUAAUAGAUGUUGUACAUAUAUAUAUCAGCACUUCAUUGGAUUCAGCUGCAACUUAUGUCUCAGAAUUAAAAGAUACUGAUGUUGAGCAAAAUUGUAUUUGUGAUAAUGCAGAAGUUGAAAAUAAUUCAGUCACUUUAAAUAAUGAUAUUCAUUCUGAUUCUUCUGUGCCACAGGUUAUAGAAGAUACAAGAGGUCAGGAAGAUGAUACAUUUGAAGAAGCUGUUAACAUUAGUCCUGCAAAUGGUGAUGAAAGUGAUGAACUUAGUGUACAUAAAGUGAUUUAUAUGUAUUCAAAGCUUGAAAUGUCUCUGGAUGAAGAGAAUUCAAAAGUGUUUGAUAAUGUUAGUGAGGCAAAUAAUAAUAUAAUAGACAAAGUUGCUGAUAUUGCAGCUGAAGAAGAAAACAAUAAAGAGGCAAUUAUUGCAGCAAACACUAAUAAUGAAAUUGUAUAUAAAGCUGACCUUCUGACUAAUACAUGUGAAAAAGAAAAUGCUGAUAUUGAAAAAGAUGUGCAAUGUGAAAUAGAAUCAAAUAAAGCUACUCGUAGGAAAGUAAAUGGUCAUUAUGAUAAAGUUUUUGAGGAAGCUUCUGAAUCAAAAGAAUCUGGUAAAAAAGAACCAACAAGUCCAAGAUUAGAGUUACAUAGUCCAAGGUCAGACUCCGACAGUCCAAGAUCCGAAACAAAGUUUGCAUCCAGAGUGGAUAGAAUACUGAGUGAAACAGAGGACCUGGGACGUGGAAAAUGUAGCCCUGAGAUAGACAAAAUGAUAAGAAUGUAUUCUACAAGUGAUGAGCCAGCACUUGAAGGAGAAGGGGAGAUAAUGGAAAUUGUUAUCAGCAAGGGAGUUACUGGCCUUGGUUUUAUUAUCCAAGGAGGGAAGUCUACACCAAAAGGAGAUUUGCCGAUCUCUGUGAAACGAAUCUUCAAAGGAGGUCCAGCAGACGGAGUGCUACAAGCCAGGGAUGAAAUUUUAUCUGUAAACGGAGAGGAUUUGUCGGAAAUGAGACACACUGAGGCAUGGAGUCAUCUGAAAUUUAUACCUAGCGGAGAUCUCGUGAUGAAAAUCAGACGCUAUCAAAUAGAAUAAAUAGACUGCCAUUCUGUGAAGUUUUUUCUUGUGAUAUGAAGAAUGUCUUGAAAUAAGAAAAUCUGUUAGUUUCGAUGAU